UGCCGAAUUUCAAAAGCCAUGAACUGGCUAUGGUAAAAAGCUAAAAAGCCUACUUCUAUGUCAUUCUGAAUUUUUUUAAUUGCCUGUUUCCAGAGCAACAAUACCAUCCAUUUUUGCUAAGAGGGUGAACAACAGAGGCUAAAAGAUGACAGAUGCUCAGAUGGCGGAGUUUGGGGCUGCAGCCUCAUACCUGAGAAAGUCAGAAAGAGAGCGUCUUGAGGCCCAAACUCGGCCCUUUGACAUGAAAAGGGAAUGUUUUGUUCCUGAUCCAGACGAAGAAUAUGUUAAAGGAACAGUUACCAGUCGUGAUGGAGAUAGAGUUACUUGUGAAACUGAGAGAGGAAAGACUGUGACUGUCAAGGAAGCAGACAUUCAUCCUCAGAACCCGCCAAAGUUCGAUAAAAUCGAGGACAUGGCGAUGUUCACCUUCCUGCACGAACCUGCUGUGCUGUUUAACCUCAAAGAGCGUUACGCAGCCUGGAUGAUCUACACCUACUCAGGACUUUUCUGUGUAACUGUCAACCCCUACAAGUGGCUGCCAGUGUACAACCAAGAAGUUGUUCUUGCCUACAGAGGCAAGAAGAGGAGUGAAGCUCCUCCUCACAUCUUCUCCAUUUCUGAUAACGCCUACCAGUACAUGCUGGCAGACAGGGAAAACCAGUCCAUCCUUAUCACUGGAGAAUCCGGUGCUGGGAAGACUGUGAACACCAAGAGAGUCAUCCAGUACUUCGCCAGCAUCGCAGCUGGUGGUUUUAAGAGGGAUCCCAAUGACAAGAGGGGUACUCUGGAGGAUCAAAUCAUCCAGUGUAACCCUGCUAUGGAGGCUUUUGGAAAUGCCAAGACCAUCAGAAAUGACAACUCAUCCAGAUUUGGCAAGUUUAUCCGGAUCCACUUUGGUGCCACUGGCAAACUGGCCUCUGCUGAUAUAGAGACAUAUCUCCUAGAGAAAUCCCGUGUGACUUUCCAGCUCAAAGCUGAGAGAGACUACCAUAUCUUCUAUCAGAUCUUGUCUCAGAAGAAACCUGAGCUGCUAGAAAUGCUGCUUAUUACAGCCAACCCUUAUGAUUAUGCCUACAUCUCCCAAGGAGAGACUCAAGUAGCCUCUAUUAAUGAUGCUGAGGAGCUGAUGGCUACUGAUGAAGCUUUUGAUGUUCUGGGCUUCACCCAAGAGGAAAAGAACAGCAUCUAUAAGCUGACUGGUGCCAUCAUGCACUACGGCAACAUGAAGUUCAAGCAGAAGCAGAGAGAGGAGCAGGCUGAGUCUGAUGGCACUGAGGAUGCUGACAAAUCCGCUUAUCUAAUGGGCCUGAACUCCGCUGAUCUCAUCAAAGCUCUGUGUCACCCCAGAGUCAAAGUAGGAAAUGAGUGGGUCACUAGGGGCCAGAAUGUCCAGCAGGUAUACUAUGCUACUGGAGCUUUGUCAAAGGCAGUAUAUGAGAAGAUGUUCCUUUGGAUGGUUGUGAGAAUUAACCAAUCUCUGGACACCAAGCAGCCUCGCCAGUACUUCAUUGGUGUGCUGGAUAUCGCUGGCUUUGAGAUCUUUGAGUUUAACACCUUUGAGCAGCUGUGUAUCAACUUCACUAAUGAGAAGUUGCAGCAGUUCUUCAACCACCACAUGUUUGUGCUGGAGCAAGAAGAAUACAAGAAAGAGGGUAUUGAGUGGACAUUCAUUGACUUCGGCAUGGACUUGCAGGCUUGUAUUGAUCUCAUUGAAAAGCCCAUGGGUAUCAUGUCCAUCCUUGAAGAGGAGUGCAUGUUCCCCAAAGCCAGUGAUACCACAUUCAAAGCUAAGCUUUACGACAACCACUUGGGAAAAUCUGCUAACUUCCAGAAGCCCAGGAUUGUGAAGGGUAAACCAGAGGCUCACUUUGCCCUGGUUCAUUAUGCAGGCACUGUUGACUACAACAUUAACAACUGGCUGGUGAAGAACAAGGAUCCACUCAAUGAAACUGUUGUGGGGCUGUACCAGAAAUCCACCAUGAAAUUGCUUGCUCACCUUUUUGCAAAUUAUGCUGGUGCUGAUUCAGCCAUGGCAGAAGGGAGUGCAAGUGGAAAAAAGGAAAAGAAGAAAAAGGGUUCUACUUUCCAGACUGUGUCUGCCCUCCAUAGGGAGAAUUUAAACAAGCUGAUGACCAACCUGAGAUCAACUCAUCCUCAUUUUGUGCGCUGCAUCAUUCCCAAUGAGACAAAGACUCCAGGGGCCAUGGAGAAUCCUCUAGUAAUGCACCAGCUGCGCUGUAAUGGUGUGCUGGAGGGCAUCAGAAUCUGCAGAAAGGGCUUCCCUAACAGGAUCCUCUAUGGUGACUUCAAGCAACGAUAUCGUAUUUUGAAUCCUGCUGCUAUUCCUGAAGGGCAAUUCAUUGACAGUAGGAAGGGAGCUGAGAAAUUGUUGGCUUCACUGGACAUUGACCAUAAUCAGUACAAGUUUGGACACACUAAGGUGUUCUUCAAGGCUGGUCUCCUGGGUCUCCUUGAAGAGAUGAGAGAUGAUCGUCUUGCCCUAAUCAUCACUCGUUUUCAGGCUUGUGCUCGGGGUCUUCUCUCAAGAGUUGAGUUCCAGAAGAUGGUUGAACGCAGGGAUGCCUUGCUAGUGAUCCAGUGGAAUGUCCGUGCUUUCAUGGGUGUCAAGAAUUGGCCCUGGAUGAAACUGUACUUCAAGAUUAAACCCCUGUUAAGGUCAGCUGAAGCAGAGAAAGAGAUGGCCAACAUGAAGGAAGAAUUCCUGAAACUAAAAGAAGCCUAUGCUAAAUCUGAAGCCCGCAGAAAAGAACUUGAGGAGAAAAUGGUCACACUUCUCCAAGAGAAGAACGACCUGCAACUCCAAGUCCAGGCUGAGCAAGACAAUCUUUGUGAUGCUGAGGAGCGAUGUGAAGGUCUGAUUAAGAACAAAAUCCAACUUGAAGCUAAAUGCAAAGAGUUGACUGAGAGACUGGAAGAUGAAGAGGAAAUGAAUGCCGAGCUGACAGCCAAGAAGAGAAAGCUUGAGGAUGAAUGCUCUGAACUGAAGAAAGAUAUUGAUGAUCUGGAACUUACUCUAGCCAAAGUGGAGAAGGAGAAGCAUGCCACUGAGAAUAAGGUUAAAAACCUGACUGAGGAAAUGGCAGCUCUUGAUGAAAUCAUUGCCAAGCUGACCAAGGAGAAAAAAGCUCUCCAGGAAGCUCAUCAGCAAACACUGGAUGAUCUGCAGAGUGAGGAGGACAAAGUCAACACUCUGACCAAAGCAAAAGCUAAACUGGAGCAGCAAGUUGAUGAUCUUGAGGGAUCACUGGAACAGGAAAAGAAGCUACGCAUGGACCUUGAGCGAGCUAAGAGAAAACUUGAAGGUGACUUAAAAUUGACUCAGGAGAACAUUAUGGACCUGGAAAAUGACAAGCAACAGUUGGAGGAGAGGCUGAAAAAAAAAGAUUUUGAGAUCAGCCAACUCAACAGCAAAAUUGAGGAUGAGCAAGCAAUGGCAGCCCAACUUCAAAAGAAACUCAAAGAGUUGCAGGCCCGUAUAGAAGAACUUGAAGAAGAGCUGGAGGCUGAGAGAGCUGCUCGUGCCAAGGUUGAGAAACAAAGGGCAGAUUUGGCUCGAGAAUUGGAGGAGAUCAGCGAGAGGCUGGAGGAGGCUGGUGGUGCAACUGCUGCCCAGAUUGAAAUGAACAAAAAGAGAGAGGCUGAGUUCCAGAAACUGCGCAGAGACCUUGAAGAGGCCACCCUGCAACAUGAGGCCACUGCUGCAACUUUAAGAAAGAAACAUGCAGACAGUGUGGCAGACCUGGGAGAGCAAAUUGACAACCUUCAGAGAGUGAAGCAGAAGCUUGAGAAGGAGAAGAGUGAACUGAGACUGGAGCUGGAUGAUGUGGUCUCCAACAUGGAACAGAUUGUUAAAUCCAAGACAAACCUUGAAAAGUUGUGCAGGACUCUUGAGGACCAGAUGACUGAGUAUAGGACUAAAUUUGAGGAAGGACAACGCAGCAUCAAUGACUUCAGCAUGCAAAAAGCUAAAUUGCAAACAGAGAAUGGUGAACUCACAAGACAACUGGAAGAGAAGGAUUCCUUGGUCUCUCAGCUGACCAGAAGCAAGCAGUCCUAUACCCAACAGAUUGAGGAUCUUAAGAGACAACUUGAAGAGGAAGUGAAGGCCAAGAAUGCCCUGGCUCAUGCAGUGCAGUCAGCUCGUCAUGAUUCUGACCUACUAAGAGAGCAGUACGAGGAGGAGCAGGAGGCUAAGGCUGAGCUACAGCGCAGUCUCUCCAAAGCAAACUCUGAGGUAGCUCAGUGGAGGACCAAGUAUGAAACUGAUGCUAUCCAAAGAACAGAAGAGCUAGAAGAUGCGAAAAAGAAACUUGCUCAGCGUCUGCAAGAUGCAGAAGAAGCUGUGGAAGCUGUUAAUGCCAAGUGCUCCUCUUUGGAAAAGACCAAACACAGACUGCAGAAUGAGAUUGAAGAUCUCAUGGUUGAUGUGGAAAGGUCCAAUGCUGCUGCUGCUGCUCUGGAUAAGAAACAAAGGAACUUCGAUAAGGUCCUGGCUGAGUGGAAGCAGAAAUAUGAAGAGUCACAGUCUGAGCUAGAGAGCUCCCAAAAGGAGGCCAGAUCUCUAAGCACUGAGCUCUUCAAACUGAAGAACUCAUAUGAGGAGUCCCUUGAUCAUCUGGAGACCAUGAAAAGGGAGAACAAAAACCUCCAAGAGGAAAUUUCUGACCUCACUGAGCAAAUUGGUGAGACUGGCAAGAGCAUCCAUGAACUGGAGAAAAUCCGUAAACAGCUGGAGCAGGAAAAGGCAGAAAUUCAGACUGCUCUGGAGGAAGCUGAGGCAUCCCUUGAGCAUGAAGAAGGAAAGAUCUUGCGAGCCCAACUGGAGUUCAACCAGGUGAAAGCUGACAUUGAGCGUAAGCUGGCCGAAAAAGAUGAGGAAAUGGAGCAGGCCAAGCGGAAUCACCAAAGAGUGGUGGACACCCUGCAAAGCUCUCUAGAGUCUGAGACUCGCAGCAGAAAUGAGGCCCUGAGGCUGAAAAAGAAGAUGGAGGGAGACCUAAACGAGAUGGAGAUCCAGCUCAACCAGGCUAACAGGCAGGCUUCAGAGGCCCAGAAACAGCUGAAGAGUCUCCAUGGACAUAUGAAGGAUAUGCAACUGCAGCUGGAUGAUGCUCUCCGUGCUAACGAUGAUCUCAAAGAGAACAUUGCUAUUGUGGACAGACGCAACAACCUGCUGCAGGCUGAACUGGAUGAACUGAGAUCCCUGGUAGAGCAGACCGAGAGAGGCCGCAAACUGGCUGAGCAAGAAUUGCUGGAUGUCAGUGAGAGGGUUCAGCUACUGCACUCUCAGAACACUAGCUUGCUGAACCAGAAGAAGAAACUAGAGGCAGACACUUCUCAGCUGCAGACUGAGGUAGAGGAGGCUGUCCAAGAGUGCAGGAAUGCUGAGGAAAAAGCCAAAAAAGCCAUCACUGAUGCUGCCAUGAUGGCAGAAGAGCUGAAGAAGGAGCAGGACACCAGUGCUCACCUGGAGCGCAUGAAGAAGAACAUGGAGCAGACCAUUAAAGACCUCCAGCACCGUCUGGAUGAAGCUGAGCAAAUUGCCAUGAAAGGUGGCAAGAAGCAGGUCCAGAAGCUGGAAGCCAGGGUAAGGGAGCUGGAAAAUGAGGUGGAGAUAGAACAGAGAAAAGCCAGUGAAUCUGUAAAAGGAAUCCGGAAAUAUGAAAGACGGAUCAAGGAGCUUACCUACCAGACUGAAGAAGACCGCAAGAAUCUGGCUCGUCUACAAGACCUGGUAGACAAACUGCAGCUGAAAGUCAAGUCCUACAAGCGAACUGCAGAGGAAGCUGAGGAGCAGGCCAAUGCCCACCUUGGCAAGUUCCGCAAGCUGCAGCAUGAGCUGGAUGAGGCAGAGGAAAGAGCUGAUAUCGCAGAGUCUCAGGUCAACAAGAUGAGAGCCAAGAGCCGUGACAUAAGCUCCAAAAAAACUCAUGAUGAGGAGUGAAGAGCUCACUUGACUCUCUCUCAAAAGCUUGUACACUGUGAUUUAGUGCUCUUUGACACUAAAACCUGUAGCUGAAUAGAAUAAAAAUUAGCAAUGAA